AUGCCUUUGGAGCGUCUCCCUCCCAUUGCCGCGCUUCACUCGUAUACGGAUCUAGCCCAGACCGAGGUGCUCGACCUGCUGUUCGAGCCCAGUCCCGCCAUCCACGCAACCCUCCUGCCGGUGAUCCGCACGGCCGUCUACAGAUCCUACCCCGACCUGAUCGACGCCUGCCAGAUCAAGCUGCUCUCGCUCGCCGCCAAGUCUGCCGAGACGGAGCCGAACCCCGUGCUGCUGUCCGUCCUGGGCUCCCACCCGCGCCUGGGCGAGAAGAACGUCAAGUCGGCGCGGUCCCUUGCCGAGCAGGCCAACUUCCAGGGGGACGAAGAGGCGGAGGAGCUGGCCGCGCUCAACAGGGAGUAUGAGGCGGCGUUCCCGGGGCUCAGAUACGUCGUCUACGUCAAUGGCAGAGGGCGACCCGAGAUCAUGGAGGACAUGAGGGCGCGGAUCGAGCGAAGUGACUUUUCCAGAGAGGUCAUUGCCGCAGUACAGGCCAUGUGCGACAUUGCCAAAGACCGGGCGUCGAAGCUCCCCGAAGACACGUAUACCCGCAAGCCGUCCAACGGCAACUGA